AGUCGUCACUCCCACAAGGCCUCGAGCGGGCGGCGCGCUGCCUUCGGGAAGCUCCCUGCCUUCGGGGAGCUCGCCAUGGCGGUGAGCGGCGACGGAGCUGGCUGCGGCCCCGAGCCCGAGGACUCGGUGCUGUUCCGGCGGGGCACAGGCCAGAGUGAUGAUUCUGACAUUUGGGACGACACGGCGUUGAUAAAGGCUUACGAUAAGGCUGUAGCGUCAUUUAAGCAUGCGCUGAAGAACGGCGACAUUGGUGAAACUUCAGAGAAACCAAAAAUCACACCCAGAAGAAAACCUGUUAAGAAGAAUAAAAGCCAAAAGAAGCACACCGCGGUGCCCUUGAAGCAGUGGAGAGUUGGCGACAAAUGUUCCGCAGUUUGGUCUGAAGAUGGCUGCGUGUACCCAGCCACCAUUGCUUCAAUUGACUUCAAGCGAGAGACCUGUGUCGUGGUUUACACUGGAUACGGGAACAGAGAAGAGCAGAAUCUGUCUGACCUACUUUCCCCAACGUCCAAAGCGGCUGAUGGCGUGGACCGCAGCGCUCAGGAGAAUGAAAAUGAAAGCCAAGUUUCUACCGAUGAAAGUGAGAAUUCCUCCCGGUCACCUGGAUGGAAACCCAGUAACAUCAAGUCGAAAUCUAAUGCCUGGAACUCUUUCUUCCCCCCACCACCCCCGGUGCCAGGGCCAGGAGUCGUCGGCUCAGGCAAGCCAGGCCUAAAAUUCAGUGGUCCGCCGCCACCACCGCCGCCCCUGCCACCCCAUUUCAUGUCAUGCUGGCUACCCCCGUUUCCUUCUGGACCACCAGUAAUUCCCCCACCCCCUCCCAUGUUCCCCGAUUCCCUGGAUGAUACAGAUGCCUUGGGAAGCAUGUUAAUCUCUUGGUACAUGAGUGGCUAUCAUACUGGCUACUACAUGGGCUUCAAGCAAAGUCAGAAAGAAGGAAGAUGCUCGCACAUCAAUUAAGGACUCUUGGUGCCUCCGGUCGGCGCUGGCGAGGACCUGUGCAGCCGGCUCCCCUGUCGGCACGGC